AUGCAGCAGCAACAACAAUUUGAGCUGGUUGAUCCACCUUCGGAUGCAAUUUCCUCAGUCGUGUUCUGUCCGACCACUUCAAAUCACUUGUUAGUUUCUUCUUGGGAUAAGACGGUGAAACUUUAUGACGUGGAGGAAAAUUCACUUAAAGCUUCGUUUCAACAUAAAGCCUCAGUUCUCGACUGUUGUUUUUCUGACGGAGCACACGUAUUUAGUGGAGGACUAGAUCAUUGCAUAAAAAGUUUUGAUAUCAACACGACCAACGAAUUCAUUGUGGGUUUACACGAUAAGGCAGUAAAAUGUGUCGAAUAUAGUUUAGAAAAGCACAUGAUUGUAUCUGGAUCAUGGGAUUGUACAAUUAGAUUAUGGGACGUUCGUAAAAAGGACGCACUAUCUGGACAAUAUGAAAUUGGAGAAGGGGCAAAAGUAUUUGCGUUGUCAUUAGUUUAUUAUAAAUUAGUGGUAGCAACGGCUGGUAGACAAUUUUUUAUUUAUGAUAUUAGAAAUAUGUCUGAAACCAUACAAAAACGUGAAAGUAGUUUGAAAUUUAUGACUCGUUGCGUAAAGUGUAUGCCUAAUCGACAAGGUUAUGCUAGUAGUUCAAUCGAAGGACGCGUUGCUGUGGAAUUCUUUGAUCCAUCACCUGAAAUUCAAGCACGUAAAUAUGCGUUUAAAUGUCAUAGAAAAGUUAUUGAUGGCGUAGAUACAGUUUACCCCGUUAACGCUUUAGCUUUUAAUCCAACACAUGGAACUUUUGCUUCGGGAGGAGCCGACGGUGUAGUAAAUAUUUGGGAUGGUUUCAAUAAAAAACGGCUAAAACAAUAUCCUCAGUAUCCAACUAGCAUUGCAAGUUUGGAUUUCAGUAAAGAUGGGCAAUAUUUGGCUAUAGCAAGCAGUUAUACAUUUGAAGAAGGUGAAAAAGAUCAUCCUCCAGAUUCUGUAUUCAUAAGACACAUUGGUGAAAAUGAAUGUAAACCAAGAGUUGUGGCGUCCAGUGCUUAA